AUGUAUACAAAACUCGCCCUAUUUGAUGGUAAUCCUAGCAUACCCUGCGCGAUACGAUCCUCUUCUGGUGCGUCCGGAAUCCUAGGUGUAUUUACUGGCCAAGGAGCGCAAUGGGCAACAAUGGGACGUGAACUACUCAGGUCGUCUGAGGCAUUUCAAGGGACCAUCGUGGAGCUUGAAGAUUCCCUGGCUCGAUUGCCAGAAAAGGAUCGUCCAACUUGGUCACUUCAAAAAGAAAUAAUUGCAGAAGCUUCUUUUUCUGGCAUCAACGAAGCAGCUUUAUCCCAGCCCCUUUGUACGGCGAUCCAAAUCGCCCUCGUUGACCUCCUACGUAUUGCUGGGAUACGCUUCGAUGCCGUUGUUGGGCACUCCUCUGGAGAAAUUGCCGCUGCUUAUGCUGCUGGCUUCAUAUCUGCCUGCGAUUCCAUCAGAUUAGCAUAUUAUCGCGGCCUGUUGGCGAAAUAUGCUUGUGGUCCUAGUGGCAAAAGAGGUGCGAUGAUAGCUAUUGGCGUUACUUAUCAAGAGGCAGCGGAAUUAUGCUCAUCGCCGCAGUUCGAAGGCCGGGUCAAACUCGCUGCGAGUAAUUCCUCUUCAAGUAUUACACUUUCGGGGGACGUGGAUGCAAUUGAAGAGAUAAAAGUGAGAUUCGACGGAGAAACGAAGUUUGCUAGGAUUCUGAAAAUUGACACUGCAUAUCAUUCGCAUCACAUGUUAAAAUGUUCAGAUAUGUAUAUGCAAUCUCUGAGGGCUUGCAAUAUCCAGGUUCAAAUCCCACCAGCGGAUGCCUGCUCCUGGUACUCUAGUGUCUAUGGGGGAAUGAAAAUGGUCUCGAACCAUUUGCUAAAGGACACAUAUUGGAGAGAAAACAUGGUCAACUCUGUGCUUUUCUCGCAGGCUGUCCAGUGUGCUAUUCAGACCCAUGGUUCAUUGGUCAUGGCUCUAGAAGUCGGUCCGCAUCAGGCUUUGAAAGCUCCAGUACAGCACACAUUCCAGGAGAUAUCUGACUCGGAAAGCUUCUACACUAGUACACUGUCCAGAGGAAAAAAUGACGCUGAAGUCUUUGCAGAGAUGUUAGGGUUCGUCUGGUCCCACCUAAAACCAUCUGCUGUCAAUUUAAGAGCUUAUGGUAAGUCCAUCAGAGAUACUGACGGCGCUCUAAAGCUCAUGAAAGGUUUACCCUCGUACGAGUGGGAUCACGAGCGUGUGUACUGGCAUGAAUCACGACGCUCGAUGCUUCUUCGGACCCGCGGAGAUCCACGCCAUGAACUUCUUGGUUCCAGGUUACCAGAAAGUAUUGAUGGAGAAAUCCGAUGGGUCAACUUUCUCUCUCCGAAUGAGAUUCCCUUUGUGAACGGCCACGUUAUUCAGGGGCAGAAGGUUUUUCCCGCAGCCGGGUACAUCACGAUGGCCAUCGAGGCUGCUAUGAUGAUGGUUCGAGGGAAAAGCAUCAUUCUACUAGAGAUUGAGGACCUGAAGGUUCUUCGAGCGCUUGGGUUCGAUGAUGAUUCUACUGGGAUCGAGACAAAGUUUAUCCUAUCUUCCAUCACAUCCCACAACGGAGCAGAGGAAGGGAUUACGGCUAAUUUUGCUUGCUAUAGCUGCCUCAACAAGCAAGCGGGUAACAUGGUCAUGAUGGCUUCUGGGACCGUUCAAGCUGUUCUCGGAGCUUGUUCAGAUAUUUCACUACCCGACCGACUUCCAGAGGAUGAAACGUUAACUCCAGUGCAUAGUGAACCUCUAUACGCAUCCCUCGCUGAGUUGGGCUACAACUAUUCUGGGGAUUUCAAAUCAUUGUCUUCGAUGAGAAGAAAAAUGAACAAGGCAGUUGGGCUCAUUACGAAUCCGUUGGACGGCGGGUCCGCAAGCUCGCUACUCAUUCAUCCCACUGUACUAGAUGCGAUGUUUCAGACCAUAUUUGUCGCGUACAGUUCACCUUAUGACGGAAGACUUUGGUCUCUGCAUUUGCCCACCGGAGUUCGUCGGAUCACCAUCGUUCCUACUCGUUGUGGUGCCAGCAUGGGCUCUAAAGUCCUCUUUGAUGCAGAGUCCGUGGGCUCAGAUUGCAAUGCGCUAUCCGGAGACGUCGAUAUUUUCACCAAAGAUAGCACUACGCCAAUUAUGAAAAUGGAGGGAAUGGCCUUCAAGCCCUUUUCUGAAGCAACCGCUACAGAUGACUCAGAGCUAUUCUCAGAGGCUAUCUGGGGAGUUGCGUCUCCUGAUGGAAGUGCUCUCACGCCUGAAGACCAAGCCACCGAGGAAGACAUAGAACUUGGGCAAAUUUGUGAAGGAGUAGCAUAUUUCUAUUACAGAAACCUAGUAGAGACAGUGUCUGUCGCAGAGCGCGAGAAGUUGAACAUGCCGUUCCAUCACCUAAGCUUGUUCAAUGCCGCUAGUGAGAUUAUAUCUCAGGUGUCCGAGGGGAGACAUCCUUUUGCUCGGGUAGAGUGGAACCUGGAUUGCAAGGGAGCAUUAAUCGAGAAGAUGAGCAAAUAUCCGGAUAGUGCUGACUUCAAUAUUAUGCGUGCUGUGGGAGAAAAUCUUCCUGGGGUUGUGCGAGGCGAGACCACCAUUCUGGAGCAUAUGGCAAAAGACGGUCUCCUAGACGAUUAUUAUAAACGUGGUCUGGGUUUUGAUCUCUCACACGAGCUGCUCAGCCGCAUGGUCGCUCAGAUUGCGCAUCGAUACCCUCGCAUGAACAUCCUUGAGAUUGGUGCCGGAACAGGCGGGUCAACAAAGAAGAUUUUGCCCAGACUAGACCGUGCCUUCUCAUCUUACACCUUUACAGAUAUUUCCAUCGGCUUUUUUGAGAAGGCUCAAGAUAUCUUCAAAGACUUUUCCAGCAGAAUGAUCUUCCAAACUCUUGAUAUCGAAGCUGAUUCUGUUCCACAGGGGUUUGAAGAUCAUUCCUAUGACCUUGUCAUCUGUUCUAACGUUCUCCAUGCUACGAAGAGCUUGAAACAGACUAUGGCAAAUGUCCGGCGACUGCUGAAGCCGGGAGGCUAUCUUGUCCUAUUGGAAGUUACCAACAACGAGCCGAUGCGUAUCGGUUUUGUCAUGAGUGGACUUCCAGGCUGGUGGGUAGGAGCGGACGAUGGGCGUACAUUUUCUCCAACGAUCUCCCUGGAUCAAUGGGAUACUCUUCUUCAAAACACUGGGUUCUCUGGAGUGGAUUCGGCAACUCCUGCGAAUGAUCCUCUGCCGUAUCCGGCAUCAGUGUUUGCAACCCAAGCUGUGGACGAAAGAAUUACUCACAUCAGGCAGCCACUACUUUCAACGGGUAUUGAGAAAUCUAUCGAUUACCUGCUUAUCAUUGGGGGUAAGACUCCGCAAACAGCUCGACUGGUUGAAGAUCUGACUUGGUCGCUGCGCAAGUACUGUAAACAUGUGACCAGGGUUGAAGGACUUGGUGAACUUCACGACACGAACAUGUUCCCAAUGACCACAAUCAUUAGUUUGACAGAACUUGAUGGACCCAUCUUCAAGACUAUGACAGAGGAGAAAUGGGAGGCUCUGAAGCUGCUCUUUGACCUUUCAAGAAAUGUCUUAUGGGUUACUCGGGAUUGCUUGGACGGUGAGCCAUACUCGAAUAUGACAGUUGGGCUUUGCCGUUCUGUAUGCUACGAGUUGCCACAUCUCCAGAUUCAGCUUCUUGAUAUAGAGUCGUCGGAAAUGCCCAAGGCGGACCUGUUGUCGGAAAUGAUACUCCGCCUUCAGAUGAAGGAUUACUGGGAACAGAAAGAGCAACUGCAUGACAUUGUGUGGUCCACAGAACAGGAGUAUAUCUUGCGACAAGGAAAGCUACACGUAUUACGAAUGAUGCCCUCAAAGGACCGGAACAACCGUUACAAUUCGUCGAGACGGCUUGUUACGAAGGAAGCUGAUACGCAGUCCCUGAUCCGCCUCGAAAACCAGGAAGGCACAUACUUCCUUACUGAAUCGCCCAAGAUCCUACCUCCUGUACCAUUGAAUAGUUUCCCGAAUUUGGCAAUGCAUCGAAUCGAAAUGUCAUACUCUUUGAUAUCGCCCAUCAGGCUUGCGCCUCAAGCCAGUCUCUUUCUCUGCCUCGGAUCAACCAAAACUAAUGGGGUCCAAACGAAGGUCAUUUUCCUGUCAGAUGCCACUACAUCUGUUGUCGAUGUCCCGGAAAACUACAGCAUACCCUACAGUCCUCCACCUGAUCAAGAAGUGCACUCGAUCCUUACUGCAAACAGUCAUUUGUUGUCACUGAGUAUUCUGGGGAAUGUUCCAUCAGGAAGUGCGAUCGUGUUAAACGAUCCAGAGCCAUAUCUUGUAGAUGCUCUCAAAGCUCAAGCUACUAAGAAAGGAAUUUCCCUUACAUUGAUAGCAUCAGAUGGACAUGAGCGGGGCCUGCCUUGGGUUUCCAUUUAUCAAAGAUCAUCAAAGCGAAUGAUCAAACUGGCCUUGCCGAAAGGUCCGUCAAUUUUCAUUGACUGUGCAAGUACAGAUUAUGCACGCAAAAUUGGAUCUCGAAUUAGAGAAUGUCUCCCCAAGCCUUGUGAGGAAAGGAUGCCCAAGUUCUACCUUGGUGACCAAGCUUCAUUUCUUGGAUUUCUGAAGGACGCGGUAGCAUUCUCGAGAUCCGCUCUUGCCAAUCCUGAAAAUUUUAGUACAGCGCAGUGCGUCCCUUUGAAAGAAGUUGCAAGCAUCCCAAACCUGCCGCAACCAACCACUGUUAUCGAUUGGACAUCACAUGCCUCUGUUUCUGUCAAGAUCCAGCCUGCUGACUCGGCGAACCUAUUCUUCCAAAACAAGACAUACCUGCUUGUAGGACUUACUCGAGAUCUUGGUCAGUCGCUAUGUCAAUGGAUGUUGACCAAGGGUGCGAAAUAUGUUGUCAUCGCUAGCAGGAAUCCACAGAUAAAUCCCACAUGGCUGGAUGGCUUAGCUUCUCGAGGCGCUAUCGUAAAAGUUAUGUCGAUGUAA